AUGGGGGAAUGGGCCUUUCUGGGCUCUCUGCUGGACUCGGUGCAGCUGCAGUCUCCCCUGGUGGGCCGCCUGUGGCUGGUGGUCAUGCUGAUUUUCCGAAUCCUGGUGCUGGCCACAGUGGGAGGUGCCGUGUUCGAGGAUGAGCAGGAGGAGUUCGUGUGUAAUACACUGCAGCCCGGGUGUCGCCAGGCCUGCUAUGACCGCGCCUUCCCCAUCUCCCAUUACCGCUUCUGGCUCUUCCACAUCCUGCUUCUCUCCGCUCCUCCCGUGCUGUUUGUCAUCUACACGAUGCACCAGGCCAGCAAGGACCCUGGGCCCCCGGGGGAUGGGGAGAGGGAGCAGGAGGAGGGCGGUGGCGGCAGUGGCCACGGCCAGCACCUGGCAGGGCCCCGGGCUCGCCAAUGCUACCUGCUGAGCGUGGCCCUGCGUCUGCUGGCUGAGCUGGGCUUCCUGGCGGGGCAGACACUACUGUAUGGCUUCCAGGUGGCACCGCAUUUUCCCUGCACCCAGACCCCAUGCCCCCACACCGUGGACUGCUUUGUCAGCCGGCCCACGGAAAAAACAGUCUUUGUGGUCUUCUACUUUGCCGUGGGGCUUCUCUCCACCCUCCUCAGCGUGGCUGAGCUGCUCCAUCUCUUCUGGAAGGGGCGACGGAGUCGGAACAGAGAUCCCCUGUGGCCGGGCAAGGGGGGCACGGGGGAGAAAGACAACCACUGCAACCAGCAGCAGGAAGAAGCCCAGAACCUUCUCCUGCCACUCUCCCCCCCGAGACGGGCCCCUCCACUGGGUCCUACUCUGGAUGCCCCACCUGCCUAUGCCCACAAGCAGCAACAGGGUGGCAGUGAGGGCAGCACCAGCAGGAGCAAGUCCUCCUUGUCCACCGUCAGAGAGGACCUGUCCAUCUAAAGGAGGACCCUGCCCCCCAGCUCUAAGAUGGGGGAUCGGGGUAGGGGAAUGAAGAUGUGGUGCCCGGCCAACCUCUGCCCUGGAAGAUCAAAAGCAGGAAGCACGUGGCCUGGA